AUUCUUUUGAAGGGGCGUGUAUUUUUGUUGUAAUGUUGCUUUCUAGCGACAUGGUUAUUAUUCUCAUCGCCAACGUUUCAACUAAUUGCUUUUUCAUCGUUCUUUUUACUAUCUACCCUCGACUUGUAGUUGUUGUUAGAGUCGGUAUUUACGAAUAUAUAGCUGUUGCUUUUAUUUCCUCUCCAACAUAAUUGCCCAUUUCUGAAUUUUGUUCACAGUAGUAUAUAUUCUUGACAAUGGUCCGAUUUAGGCAUGUUACCCUGGGUAGCUAUGCUUCUGUAGACAACGCUCAUUCUGGCUCAAGUAUUCGGUUCCCUCUGCAAGACCAAUUAGCCCAAUUCUGUGGCAUUGCUCAUGCUUUCGCCGAGAUGAGGAAUAACGGUGGUGAUACUCCCGCUACAUCCAAGCCCAGGCUCAUCAUUUCUCCCUCACUGCACACACCUGUGGCAAAUCUCAUGAGUCCAGUUUUUCCUACGUCACUGUUGACGACUAGCAGCGGCGCACUUCACACCCCCAUUACUUCCUGCAUCGAGAGCCCGAUCUUCCCUGUUCCUAAACUGUCACCAGUUCCGGGACCUAUCAGCUUCUCCCAUAAACACGGACUACCACACGUACCGCACAUAGAUCUGCAGACUAUUCUGAGAGGUGGUCUCAGUCAGAAGAUGAUACAGCAACAUGCUCCCAUCCCUGUCAAGUCUGAGAGUAUGGACACUGAACUUAAUGGAGCUAAUUUGGAUGUGGAUUCUGAGUCUGUGAAGAGUGAACCAACCUCUCCUACAGAAUCUAAUAGCCGGGCAGUAUUGGCAGAAAGGAUUAGAAAAAGGGUGGAUAUAACCUCGGGUCUCUCGGACCAUGAGGGCAUGGACGGCUUGUCCUCAUCCAGCUCCAGGAAAAGGUACCCUAGCGAGUUGAGCGGUCACAUUGACGAGAAAAGGAGGAAGUUCUUGGAGAGAAAUAGGGCGGCUGCUCAAAGAUGUCGGGAAAAGAGGAAGCAGUGGAUCAACAAUCUGCAGUCCGAGAAGUUCAGUAUUCAGGAGGAAAACAGCAAAUUGCAUAUCGAAGUUCACAAUUUACGACAAGAGAUUAUGAACCUGAAACGAUUACUACUCCAACACAAAGACUGUCCUGUAACGAAAGCUAGUAAGGAAGGAAAACUAGAUCAUAAUAUCCUGCAACCUACCAUUGUCUUUCCGAAUGUGUCUGAAAACAGUGAGAUAAAAAGACCGUCUCCGUCUAAGCCGCAGCCGCAUCACACCGUCCGUCUCCGCCCACCACGUGACUCUAACAACGGAGAUGCUAACGGAGUACUAGAGAAUCUAAAACGCCGGAUUACUCCGACUUCCAGUCUCAACUCGGAUCCACUGGGGCCUCUACUUGAAGGGUUGGUGACAAAAGAUGGCUUCAGUCGCUCCAAGUUCAGCCCUCUGUUUAAUCCUCUCAGUAACUUGCCCCGCAGCCCCAUUAUAGGACUCAGCCCUUUCAGUUUAGGUCCUAAUUUUGGUAGUUUUAUGUCAAUGAGCGGAUCAGUGGAGCCCCAGUACACGAUAACAAGUCUAGAUUCUCGAAUUGAAAAGGCAAGACAACAAGGGAAAACGUCCCCCAGUCGCCAAGAGAACCCUUGUCUUGACGUGGGUAACGGAUUGGUAGUAAUACGCGAGGCACUCAGCAACUGUAAAACCUAAAGUAUCCUCUAGCAGAUAAGAGGAACAUCAUCAUACAAGUGAAGCUGAGGUGAAGUGAAGUUCAAGAUGGAACGAGAAAAUGUGGGUUUGUGUGAUCGUUAAGAGGCCCAGUUUUGGGGGAAAAGGAAGACACCUAACCUACACUGUAUCUGCUAGCCAUGAGUUAGAUGCUGAGUGAAGUUACAUCGUUCCGGAAUACUACCACCCAUACCUACAUAGAGAAAGACUGUGGACACUCUGGAGGUGCAAGCCAGUCACAAGCGCUUAGGUGAACUUGUGCCAAACAUCAAAUAUAAGCCUCAUUAUAUAAUAAUUAAACGUGCAAAUUUAGUAUUACAUUUGCUUUGAUGUGUAUGAUAUAUAUUUCAAGGGUUCUGUUUAGGCGUUGUGAUUAAAGAAAAUAAUCCCUUAAACCAAUUAUUGAAGGAUUAUGUUAUAUAUUCGAUACUGAUUUAUUGAAACUAUUUUGCCGGUCCUGUGUUAUGUAUUUGCAGCUUCUGUUACCUUUAUUUUACGUGUAGCUUCUGCAUUUAAAUGUUGUUGCGUUGUCCAGUUUUUUUUUGGGUUAGAAAUGUUUAUUUCGCCAUGUAUAUUUUCAAAAGAACAUGCAUUUUCGCAUGGAAUUCCGAGAUCAUAUUAUCAACUGAUUCAUUAUUCAUACAUUCAAAGAAUACUUGCUCAAUAUUAGCUCUAAAAUAAUGCAAACUGACCCGCUAAGUGUCGGAGUUCAGUUUGUGAAAUAUAAACCAGAACAUCGUCUACUAUAAUACACACACUGUCAGGGUGUCUUUACCAAACUUAAUCUUAAAUCUGUUUUCCGCAGAUGUUCUGGUUUAUUCUCGAAAAUUACUGCAAUCAUGUGCCAAGUUAUGUACAGAAACUUUUUAUCAGAAGUGUUUUUAAAAGAUUUUAACUGUUUUAAAGCAAGAAAAUAGGCUUGGAAAUGCCAGCAAGUAUUAAAGGUAGGAUGUAAAAUGAGGCAUUUAGCAUGGAUUGUAUAGUGUGACGUUCCUUUCGGUUGCAUUUGUCGCAAUAUUUCGCAAUAGGAUUUAUUGCACUUUAGUUCCCCACAAGGGUUGAAAGCUAAAUUUGGAAGAUUGUCAAGGUUUUUAUUACUUCUGCGUUUUAACGAAAUGGACUCUCAAUUUUGAACUAUGGAUUGAACGUGGAUAGUGACCUCCACUGAAACAAAAUUGAAUGAAUGAUCAUCUGAUCAUCUUCACAAAUUGUAAAGCAUAGCAGAUUCAACUUUAUAAUCUGCUCCUGGAAACCUAUCCAGGCUGAAAAAUUUCUUCUGGCACUGACUAAAGUUGUGCUAAAAACUAUGAAACAUUGGACUGAUGAAUGCGACUGAAUGAUAGUGUUGUUGCCUAACAAUUAAGGCUUAUCUCAUACAAUUAAUUGAAAGCUUAGGCGACAAAUAAUGUGUAAAGCUCAUAUAAAUGUAUCGGUAAAACUUUACUAGCUUUAACGCUACUGAAUUCUAUUCAGCAUUACUCUUCUAGACCCUUGGAAUCUGUUCUCCAAAGAGCUAUUAAAGUUGAUACAAUUGAAAUUAGUACUGAUUAAGCCUAUAGAAGAUUGAUAAAGGACUUAUAGGCUAAUUUGUUUGUUGAGCGUGUUCGGAGGAUAGCAUCUGAGAAUAAUCAGGUUUCAGAUUGAAGUUUCUAACUUAUUAAACCUAGUUCUUAUGUUUCGUAUGCUAUUUGGCGUUUGAAGUAUGCCACUUAUCGCAGGGUUUACACCGUUAAAUUUAUAGAUGGUUUUCUCUUUAGCGAUUAUGUACACGUUUAACACUAAGUUAUUUAUGGUAAACGCUUGCAUGGAUUCGAUGCCAUGGUGAUAGAUUC